UGUCAAGUUCGACCUAUCAUGAUAUUUUUACGUACAAUUUCGCUAUUGCACAGUGACAGAACAUAACCAAACCGUUAACGUAUCGCUUUAAAUAUUAUCACUUCUAAGUUUCCAAAUUGGUAAAACCGUUUGUUUCUUCGGAGUUCGAUAAUAAACGGAUCUAUAUUGAUAUCUUCGAUUCACCUACCAAGAGCAGUUAUCUGUACCUUAUAUAAUUAAUUACAUCGUUCAGUAAUCUUGAACAUUGUACGAGAUCUAUAUUGUUAGUGUAAUAAAACUUACAAGAUCUGUUUUGAAACUAUUAGAUUCAUUCGAUCGAUAAUAAUGUAAAUAUGGAUAUCGAUUCUAACAGCGAAGUAGAACAUUUUAAAUCAUGUGUUCCUAAAGCACGUUUACCCUUAAGAAAAUUGAAUACAUCCGAGGGAAAAGAUUCUUAUUCUUUUCAAAAUACUAACAACUUAAAGAUGCAGGAUAAUAUGCGUAAAAUUGAGAAACAAUAUCAAGCAUAUCUUAACAAUGAUAACAAUGAUAUAACCGAUGAUGAAGAAGAUGAUGAUAGCGACAACAAUAUUAAUUUAUCAAAUGACUCAUUUCACAGCGUUGUAUUAGAUUCAUCGACUAAAACAUAUAAUAUUUCUGAUAGAACAAACUUGCAAAAGCGACAUAUUCGAACUCCAAAUACUAGCCAAUCUUUAAACAACACCAAUAAUUCUCUGUCUUCGAAUGAAAAAGUCAGGAAACGUAAAACAAAAGUACCUGAAAAGUACAAUUAUUUCCCACUAUGUACUCUUAUCGUCGGUUUAAUCAUAGUAUUGUAUAUUAUUGUAUCUUAUAAAACAACAACUCAAGAGGCUAAUAUAAUAGAGAAUGAAGUAGAAAAUAAUGAAACAAAUAAACAGAAUUUAAUUGAUGUAGAUAAAACAUUAGAUGAAAAAAUGAAACUAAUUCGAAAUCAAUUUUAUAAUCAAAGACCAAACAUUUGGAACGAUAUAUCAUCUGGGAUAUAUGAAGUGGCCUUGUAUCCUCAAAAACCUUCAGUUAUUAUUUUGUUUGGAAAUGAGACAGCUACUUUGAAUUGUUUAGCAAAUUUACUUGGACAAUUAAGUAGUAUUAUUUUAGGUAGAAAUGAUUACUUAACUUUAACUCCCAAAGAUUUUCCAAACGAUUUUGGUGAAACUGUUUAUAAUUUAAAAGUACAAAUUUCCAAAAACCGGGCAGUAGUAGUUCAAGAUUUGUUGAGCAUCAACAAAGAGGCAAUAAAAGCAUUCCAUAAUUUAUGCGAUAGAGAACAUCCAUUGAUUCAGCAUGCUAUUUAUAUAAUAACAAUUGUCGUUGAUGGAUACAAGCCAAUGCAAAAAGAAUUAGAAUUCAUUGAAAAGCAAAUGAUGAAGGAACUGUCUAACAAAAUAGAGAAAGAUAUUUUGGAUCCUCUAGUAACUCGACUAACAGACGGAAUUGUCGUGCAGUCAAAUGACAAUACAGAAAAUCAACAUCUUUAGAUAAAGAUUUCCGAUGGUGAUUUGGCGGUUCCUACAAAUUUUCGAAAAAUAUAACAACAAGAUCGAUGCCUCAGGCAUGAUUUCAGUUACGCUCUUAAAUGACAUGUUUGUUCAGCUUUAAAAUAACACGCAAUGAAUAGAUUCACUUCGUACACGUUAUACCGUGGUUUCGUAUUAUCGUAUAGUACGUCGAUCUGCAGUCCACGUAUCGUUAUUAGUGUCCCGAAUUGCCAAUUUACAAUGCGUUACUACUAAAUUGCGGCGCGAAUGUAAUCACAUAGGUUUAUUUUAAAUUACAUCGAAAAUAAUAUUAAAACUAUAUACAGGGUUGUACGGCCAACCCUGGGAAAAAUUUUAAUGGGAGAUUCUAGAGGCCAAAAUAAGAGGAAAAUCAAGGAUACCAAUU